GAAGACUAUAUAUUUUCAGUUGUUAAAGCUGUUAAAAGAUCCAACAAUGGAAUUACCUUGUUUUAAUUUUGAAGAAGAUUCAAUAUUCAAUUGCCCAUUUGGAGUGAAUGGUAAUUCUUUCAGCCAGUUCUCUCACCUAGAUCAUUUCCUAUUUGAUUAUUCUACUGCAAAUGAAGUUUUUGCCUGCUUACCUGCUCCUUUUCAAACAUUUUCUCCUGAUAUGCCAACACCAGUUUCAGACUUUAGUAAUCAUAUUCUGCAAUUUGAAGAUAAUGCUGAAUUGGACAGUUCCUCACUUAUUCGGUGUGAUGAAAGUGAUUGGCAAUAUAACUCCCAUAAAAUUAUUCCAGAUCGAUCUCACAAAACAGAAAGGCAUGCUGCCAACAUUAGAGAACGAAAGAGGAUGCUUAGUAUUAACUCUGCUUUUGAAGAACUCAGAGGCCAUGUACCAACUUUCCCUUAUGAAAAACGUCUUUCCAAAAUUGACACCCUCAGGCUUUCUAUAGCAUACAUUGCAUUGCUUAGUAAUAUCUUAAAAUCAGGCUCUGAUCCUAAAAUCUAUGUGCAAGAAUGCAUGAAAAAUGAAUAUAAGGAUCAUCAAGAUGCAAUAUGGAACACAAGUGAUCUGACAGCCCGGUUGUCUUGGAUGAAAUGGGAUUAAAAUACGUAACAGAAAAGAGGAUUCUUCAAAGGAUCUGACUGCUUGAUAUCAGCUGUUAAAUUCUC